GAAUACAAGGCCCAUUACUAAAAUUUUAAACGAGUAUUAUCUUCUUCUACCCUAAUUAGUUUUUUUCUCCUCGCCCUCGUAAGAAUUCUUUUGUUUUUUUUUUGUCUGAAACGUUGAAACACUCUUCAUCGUCUUCAUCGACGUUAAGGUAGGAAGGGUUCCAAAACAUCUCGCUGGUUCGUCGCUGUUUGUUGUACAAGUGUGAGGAAAAAGGCGUCAGGAAGCUAAAACUAAAACCGAAGAAGAAGAUGGCGAAGAAGAGAGAUCGAAUUGUCAACACAGAGCCUUUUAUCACCCAUAACGACGACUCCGUGGUGGUUUCUUCCAGGAAACGAUCAAAGGUUCCCAAAACCCAUCAGCAGCAAGAGAAGUUGAUUGUGGCUGGUAUUAGCGCCAAGAUCAUGAAGGUAGCUCUCGCUCAGCAAAAAGAGAUCGCUGAUGAAGAGAACGCCGAGAAGUACCCCAGCACCGCUGUGUUUUCCGCUGUCGCUGCCUUGACUGCGGAAGAGGAGAAGAAAGUGAUUGAGGAGGAAGAUGACAUUGAUGACUUUGAUGGAAAGUUCGAAGAUGAGAGUUAUCAAGAAGAUAUUAAUGAAGAUGACGAGAGGUUGUUUGAGUCAUUCAUUGUUAAGAACGCGCCUCCUCAGCGUACUCUAGCGGAUAUCAUCAUCAAGAAGAUCAAAGAUAAUGACUCCCAGUUAGCUGAAGAAGAGCGUCCAGAUCCUCAAAUGGACCCUAUGAUUGCUAAACUAUAUAAAGGUGUUGCCAAGCUUAUGAGCGAAUACACGGUUGGGAAAAUGCCGAAAGCAUUUGUGCGUAUCACUAAAAUGGAACGAUGGCAGGAUGUGUUGUACUUGACAGAGCCAGAGAAAUGGUCGCCUAACGCAAUGUAUCAAGCCACAAGAAUCUUUGCUCACCACUUGAAAAACAGCCAGAUUCAGCUGUUUUACAACUACGUUCUGCUUCCCCGGGUGAGAGAGGAUAUUAGGAAGAACAAGAGGCUGCAUUUUGCUCUGUACCAGGCUGUGAAAAAGUCACUAUACAAGCCUAGUGCAUUCAACAAAGGGAUUCUAUUCCCACUUUGUAAGUCGGGUACAUGCAGUCUCCGUGAAGCUGUUAUUCUAGGGAGCAUUCUCGAAAAGUGCUCUUUCCCUGUGGAUCACUCGGGUAUUGCUUUGCUAAACCUAGCUGAGAUGGAGAAUUGUGGCACAACAAGCUACUUUAUAAAAACUCUUUUGGAUAAAAAAUAUUUUAUGCCAUAUAGAGUGCUUGAUGCAUUGGUAGCUCAUUUCAUGAGAUUCGUGGACGAAAUAAGAGCUAUGCCUGUGAUUUGGCACCAGGCUCUUCUUACUUUUGUGCAACGGUACAAAUAUGAGCUACUAAAGGAAGACAAAGAGCAUUUACAAACUCUCAUCAAGAGGCAAAAGCACCAUCUUGUUACUCCUGAGAUUGUGAGAGAGCUUCAGGGUAGCAGAAACCGUGGGGAAAAAGAUGAUCCUAUCUUGACUAAUUCUUCUUCAGUUACUACAAUCAACUACCCGAUCAAAGAAGACAGGUUUGACAUUGCUGAAGUGCCAAUGGAGGAGGACUGAUUCUUUUGUCUUUUCGUGUUUUGGUUUUGGAAAGACAUAGAAUAACACUGUGAAAUUUCAGUUUUAUCAUGGUUAUUUGAUUCAUUUUAAGUCUGGAUAAAUCCUUGAUUAUGUGAUAGUAUGAUUUUUAUAAACAUGGUUAAGCCCUUUUUGUUAUAAUCCAAAGUUCGUAAUGUUUUUCAUGUUUCGGUCAAUCAUUUGUUGUAGCUUACCGUCUGAGAAGAUGACUUUGAAAGAAAAAAUCAGCUUUUAUUCCAAAUUUUAUGUUUUCUUUAUGGUUCCGCAAUUUUUUUUUUAUUAUUAGUGACUUUCACUUUAUAUUGUUAUGGUUAUUGUAAUUCCAAACUCUGUAAUAUUACAGUUCGGCCAAUUGUUAAUAAUAGUACUUUUUGAGUUUUUAUCUCAAAAAUGGCACUAGAAGGAGAAAGUCACAAAAAUGACAUUCAUUAAAAAGUAAAAUAUCUCUAAUACCCUUAGUUUAAAAUUAAAUAAACAAACAAAAAUAAAUAAAAACAAAUAAAAUAAAAAUGGAAAAAAAAUUUUUAUAGUUUCAGAUUAUAUGUUUUCAGAUUCGAAAUUUUUUAUAAUUUUUUUUUGAAACUUUUUUUUCGAAUUUUUUUUAUAUAUUUUUUUCAAAUUUUCUUUUUAUAAUUCAAAAUUUUUUUUGAGACUGUUUUCUAAAUUUUUAUUUUUAAUUUUUUAGUAUUUAUUUUUUAUUUUAUAAAAUUUUAAACCCUAAUUCAAAUGUUGCACAUCUAUUAUGGGAACAAAAACUUGGUUUAGUGCUAUCUUAGUCUUUUUCUCUUACAGUAAUUAAACAAAGUUUGUCAAAAGCAAAAAUACAGUAUAUAAGGAAAAAUUAUACAAUUUCCUAGAUGGAUUAAACUAUUAUAAUUCAAAUUUGCAACACAGAACAAUAAUAGAUGUGCAACAUUUGAGUUUAGUUAUACUACUAAGUUAUUUUUGGCCGUUGAAUUUCAAGCCCUCUGGUUUUAUUAUAGGUUUGGUAAAUCAAAUCACUAUUAUUUUAUCUUGUCAAUUCAAAACUCUUCUAAUAAAUCCCAACCGUCAAUAAGAUCAUACGGCUGUUAUUAUUUUAUCCAAAAAAAUAAAGUUAUUGGCAUUGUCAACAAAAAUAUUCGUCCACAAUAAAUGUUCUCAGCAGCCAAACUCCAUCCCUCUCCUACUCCCCUUAUUCUUCUUCUUCUUCUUCGAUUUAUUCUCACAGCUAUAUGGACGAAUGUGGUUGCUUUUAAACGUCAGGCUCUUCUUUCUUUAGUAUUGUCUUCCUUCAGAGAUCGAGGGACCAGAUGGUGUUGGUAUAUUUAAUAGUAUCACCUGAUUAAGAAGAAGAAGAAGAAACUUGUUUUCUUAAGUAAUAAACAAGGAAAAACGCAAACUUGGCAGCUUUUGUGCUCUCUGGUUUCAACAAGGAUUCACAAAGA